ACACAGUCUGCGGAUUGCAGCGAAUUCGCUCAUUUGAAAAAAAUAAAACAUGGCUGGAAGAGGUGGUUAUGAACACGCUAGAGGCGGAUUUGGCGGUGAGCGGCAUGUAAAGCAAUUGCCCACGGAACCGCCCUUCCUUGCCUUUGUUGGGAAUCUGCCCCAGGGACUUGUCCAGGGCGAUGUUAUUAAAAUAUUUCAAGACUUUGAAGUUAAAAAUGUGCGAUUGGUCAAAGAUCGGGAAACGGAUCAAUUUAAAGGAUUUUGUUAUGUCGAAUUUGAGACGCUGGACAAUCUGGAAAGGGCACUGGAAUGCGAUGGGCGUAUCAAAUUGGAUGAUUUGUCAGACCCAUUGCGUAUAGAUAUUGCUGAUCGCAGGAAAAAUGACCGCCCUGGCGGCGGCGUUGGCGGCGGCGGUGGUGGCAAUGGCGGGGGCAUGAAUCGUGAUGGCGGUCGGGAUGGCUUCCAGAAACGUGGACCACCACGGCAGGGUGGCGGUAGCAGUCAGUCCUAUAGUCGAGGUGGACCCGGCACGGGUGGUGGCGGCGGCUCUGGUAACCGUGGCGACAGUAGAGGUUCGUACAAUGAUAAUUAUGGUGGUCACAGUGAUAGAAGUCGUGGCGGCAACGGCGGCAAUGGUGGCCUUUCCGGUUCCGGCGGUGGCAUGAAUAGAGGAUACAAUGAUCGGCCUGCGAAUCGCGGACGAUAUGGAAACUUUAACAACGAUGAUCGAUUCGAUCGCAAUCAGGAUCGUGAUCGUGGACAACGAGAGGGCAGCUAUGGCAAUCAGUCGCGUGAUGGUGAUCGUUACAACAACUUCAGCAGGCAUCGUGACCGUGAGCGUACCCACUACAAUCCCAACCAGCAAAGCGAUCGUCCCAGCGGAGGUGGCAGCAGUGGAGGUGGAGGUGGCAGUGGCAACGCAAUGGGGGCAAUAGAUGACACGGAGCGACCACGUCUGAAUUUAGCGCCAAGAACUAUCGCCGCACCCAUCAAUGCGGUGGCUCAGACCAAACAAUCGGCCUCCAUUUUUGGCAAUGCCAAGCCAAGGGAGGAGAAAUUGAAAGAGCUGGAGCAGAAUGUCAAUCAUAAUGGCGAUAAGAACUAAAACUGAAUGCUAUAUAUAUAUAUAUAUAUAUAUAUAAAAGUAUAUAUAUAUUUUUUUCUACUACUUCUGCAACUCAAUUUCGCAAACUGUUAUAUGCCUGAGAUAUGAUAUUUUGCAACGCGCGGAAGAUGUGAGAAAGAAGAACAGCAGAAGUAGCAGCAGCGGCAGCGAUAGCAGCAGCAGCGGCAUAAUUAAACAUAUACAUUAAUUAAUUAAACAACAAACAAACAACAACAACACCAUCAAAAAUUAACUACGCUACAUACCUAAUUAUAAAAAAAAGAGAGCAAAAAGGUUUAUGUUUAUCUACAUAAUACUACUAAACAGGCAACAAAGCGAAGCAAUGAAUGAAUGAAACUUGCAACUUAACAACAACCACAACAACAACAGCAACAACUUUUUCAUACUCUAACAACAAAUGAAAAGUCUUUAAAUGUUAGUCUAUAAGUCAACAGAUGAAAAUUUAGUUACGUGCAUAUAUAUAUAUAUAUAUAUUAUCUUGUUUAUGAUUUAUGUAUAGCUUUUAGCUAUGUGCACACUCUGCUAUGAUUGUUAGUUAAGCCUUUGCAACAACAACAUCAACAGCAACAUCAAAAAACAAAAAAAAACAAAAAAAAAACAAAAAACACAAAAAAAAAACAAAACAAAAAAACAGCAACAACAACAAUAUGUUCUAACAUUAAGACAAAACAACAAAAAAGUGAAAAAAAUCGAAAAAUACGAAAAAGAUAAAAAUUUUUGACAAGAGUUCAUUAAGGCAGGCAAUUUAUACAGUUUAUAUAGCAAAAAAAAAAAAAAAAAAAAAAAAAAAAUGAGAAAAAAAAACAAAAAGAAGAAACUAAACCUUAACUAUAAACGAAGAAAACAUUAAAGUAAAAAGUGAAAUACAACAAAACAAAAAACACCAACUACUUAACGUACGUAACAAAGAAUAUAUAUAUAUAUAUAUAUGUAUGUAUAAAUAUGUAUAUAUAUAUAUAUAUAUAUAUAUAUAUAGGAAUCAAUUGAUAUACAACAAAAGUGAAUGAAAACCUUAUGUAAUUCAAGAAAAAGUCUAAGUCGCCAAAAUCAAUAUUCACACCAUAUACAUAUAUAUGUAUAAAUGUAUCUAGGAUCUAGAUAUAGAUAUGCAUGUAUAUAUAUAUAUACUUAUACUUGCAUAAUCUAACAACUUUAAUGAUUUGUAAUUUCAAAAAUUUUCUACUCUUUUCCCCCCCCCACAUACACUAUCCUCCCCCCAUACAAUUUUUCUUUGUAGAUAAGUUUAAAACAAGACACAAAAAUAAAAAAAAAGUGAAAAAAAACAUUCAGUUGAAAAUUA